UCUGCAAAAGUUAGGCAUAUUCUACACAUAUCAAUUAAUCAACUCAGAAGGUUCAGAAAUGAUUACAUAGAAGCAGAUGAAGGUUUUGAGAAAUAUGCCAAGGACCUUCAAGAAGAAUGGCGACUCAGCAGCAGUAACGGUCUAGCAAUGAAGAUUUGGCUGCCGAACCUCUCCUCUGAUAAGAGAAAAAGAGAAUAUAUACUAAUAGACAAUAAAGAUGAUACACACAAUGCUAUUGAGAUAGGCAGAGUUGUCAAGAAAUCUAGGAAAGAAAUAUGGGUUAAUAUAGGCACACCAACAAGUUCAGUAAAUGAUUAG